AUCGAAAGUUUGAACGUGUAUGUACAUAUGUAUGUUUAUAACAAAAAAAAACAAACAUUUUAUUUUUAUUGCUUAUUAUAAAGAUCUAACAGAAAUGAAUGCCAUAAUUCCAGUUUUGAAGAAUUCAGUGCGAAACGUAGUAAGGCAGCAACUUAAUUUUAGAAGUUUUGCAACAAAAAAAAGAUUUUUCAAAAACACUAGUGUUUUAUAUAGUGAUGGAAAAUAUGAAAUAACUUUAGAUCAUCGAAAGUUGAAAACUCCCACUGGCGCACCUUUUUCCCUUAAAAGUGAACCUCUUGCAAUAGCUGUAGCAAAUGAAUGGGAUAGUCAAAAAAAUGAAAUUAAACAAUCUUCCAUGCACUUAACAGGGUUAUGUUUUACAUGUUUAGAUAAUCCAAAUAAGUUGCAAAAAUCGGAUAUGGUGAAUUAUUGUCUCAAUUUCUUAUCUUCGGAUACGGUUCUUUUUCAAUCAGAAGAUGAGAAAGAUCUUAAAAAGUUACAAAAAAAAGAAUGGGAUCCAAUUAUUGAGUGGUUUAAUAAGCGAUAUGAUACUGAUUUACAAAAGACAACAGAUUUUAGUUCACCAAAAAUGUCAGCAGAUGACAAGAUGAAAAUUAGCAAAUAUCUAAACUCCUACAAUGAUGAAAUUUUGCAUGGGAUUACAUUUGCAAUUGACACAUUAAAAUCAAUAAUACUAGCUUUUGCUGUUAUUGAUCAAUAUUUAGAUGUUGAGAGAGCUGUGCACUUAGCUCGUUUGGAGGAAGAAUACCAGCUAAAAUUCUGGGGAAGAGUGGAAUGGUCCCAUGACUUAUCACAGCAGGACUUACAAGCUAGAUUAGCCGCAUCAAUUCUUUUCAUCCAUUUAAAUAGGUCAGAAAAUUUUAUUAGGCAAAAAUCAAUAACUUGAGCAAUUUGAAAUAAAUCAUUGUUUUAAAAAUUUUCA